AUGAAAAUGAACAAAGGAAAUGAAAAAACUAUUGUGGAACCUGUCUUUAAUGAUAUUGAUUUAGAAAAAUCAUCUCCAGAAAGAGAAUCACCACCACCACCAUAUCAAGAGAUUGAAUCUUCAAAUGUAAAUAAUAUUUAUCCAACAAUAUUAAAUAUACCUUCAAGACCAAUGAAUGAAAUAAAUAUACCACCUGUCAAUAAUGACACAAUUAUCACAACAACUAUAAUACAUGAAAAAUGUCGUCAUAAAAAAUGUUGUAAAAAAGAGUUAUCAAAAUAUUCAAAAAAUUUAUUAUGUAAACAAUGUAAUACUAUUGUACAAAGUACAUUAUCAUAUGAAAAAGGUUCACGAUUUAAAAAAAUGUUAAUUCUUUUUAUUGUGUUAUCACUUAUUUGUCCUAUUUUUAUCAUUUUCUUAUUGAUACUAUUAAUGUCAAAUUGGUGUAGUGAUAUUACUCAUCAUUGCCCAUAUUGCCAUAGUAUAUUAAGAUUCAAUGAUAAAUGCUAA